GGAGUAGGCGGUGUGGGGGGAGGGGAAAAGUGGGAGCCAUCUGGUACCUUGGUAGCUUCCGAAACGGCAUCGGCCAUAACGACAGAAAUGGCCAGUCAAUCCCAGGGUAUCCAGCAGCUCCUGCAAGCCGAGAAGCGGGCGGCUGAGAAGGUGGCAGAUGCCAGAAAGAGGAAGGCCCGGCGUCUGAAACAGGCAAAGGAGGAGGCACAGAUGGAAGUGGAGCAAUACCGCAGAGAGAGAGAGCAGGAAUUCCAGAGCAAGCAGCAGGCAGCCAUGGGCUCCCAAGGGAAUCUGUCAGCUGAGGUGGAGCAGGCUACAAGGCGCCAGGUGCAGGGCAUGCAGAGCUCCCAGCAGAGAAGCCGCGAACGUGUCCUGGCCCAGCUUCUUGGCAUGGUCUGUGACGUCAGGCCCCAGGUCCACCCCAACUACCGGAUUGCUGCCUAGGACCCACCCUAGGGCCUGACUCCUCCUGCCAGUUCCCUCCUGCAAAGAAAUCCCCAAGUGAAAAUCAACUCCCACCAUAAUCCUUUCUCUCCCUUGCAUUCCCUAAAAAUUCUAGGAAGCAGGAUCCAAUAUCCUGCUCAGACCUGCUCAGACCUGAAUCUCCUUAUUGUUCUUUCACUGGGAGCUUGGAAACUGCCAAGUCACCCUCACCCAGCCCCUCUGUGAAAUUUGUAGCAUGGAGAAGUAGGGAUGCGGAAAACACUCUGACUUCAGAGCCUGGCAGGCUCGGGUCCCUCUUCUGACCCUGCCACUUGCUGGCUGGGCAACAAGAACAAGCUACUUAAACUGUAACCCCAGUGUCCGUCACAAGGUUGGAAUAAUAAUAAUAAUGCAAUAAUGCCUA